GGUAAUUGCCGCGUAUUGGCGUUUCCCAGUUAUUUCCUAAUUGCUGACAAAUGUUUGGAGAGCCACACGUUCUUAAUUGUCCAACAUGUCCCGGAUAUGGAUCUUUGUGAACUGCUUUGUUACAACCGACCAAACUGCGCCAGUGUUAAUUACGAGAUACAAAGAGAAAGACGAUGUGAACUGAACAAUUCAACACACCGAGCGCACGAUGAGGACUUUAAAGAGAGGGAAGGCUGCUUAUAUCAUGGAGCAGUUGUAAGUUUUUUGUCUUUUCUUUUCUCGUCUUCUUUUUCUUUCAUCAUCAUCAUCAUCAUCUUCAAGGCAAUCAUCAUCCUACUGUCGACAUCUUCAUCAUCAUCACAAUGGUCACCAUCUUCGUCAUUAGAGCGAACUUAAGCAACGACGAAGACCACGUGACGAGAACGUCUCUUAAAGACUGAAUUCACGCUGUAUCAAAAUCUAUCGUUCUUAUUGCACGUCGUUCAAUUGGUCACCAAAUUUUGGUGAGUUUUUCUGGAGUCGCAUUGUAAAGGACUGUUCAGUAUCUAAGUUAAAAAAUAAAUAAUAACAAUAAAAUAAAGAAUCGUUGUCUUGUGUUCACGUCCCGGUAGAAAAGGUGAAACUAAGAAGUUCCCGGCCACGUGGUAGUCGUGCAACGAAGGGCAGGGAAAUGUACAAAAAAUGUCAUCUAGGGGCCAAUUUUUUAUUUUUUCGGGCUAAUCUUAAUCUAUUUAACCUAUUUGCGUUUUCCUUGCCUUUGACGUCGUCGUUGCUUAAGCUCCCUAUUAAUAAUUAUUAUCAUCAGGAUCGUAAUAAUUACCAUUGUCUUAUCAUCAUCAUCAUCAUCUUGUAGUUUGUAGUUGACGCUCUAUCAAGACGGUUUAACGUAACUUCUUCUCUUACAAUUCAAGCCUAAUUUUUGUUCUAUCAAAGAGUGCUUGUGAUACUCCCCGUUGCCAAAACAAUGGUAUCUGUCAGUCUGGAUUCACAGAGAAAAAAUAUCGGUGUUUAUGUCCUUCUGGUUUCACUGGUGCACAAUGUGAACAUGGUAAGUUGUUCUUGAAAAAAACUUUCCUUUUAUCCAAAUAAUUAAAGCUUCGUAAAUCGUAAUCAAGCUCGGGCUGUCCUUUGUCAUUUCCUACGGCAGUGUAUAAAACGUUUGCGUAGAGGACAUUUUAAGCUUUUGCUAGCCUCUCGUUUCAAUUGUUCUUUUAACAGUCAUACACUUUCAAAUGCUAUUUCCUCAAAUUUUUGUUUUUUGUUUCCGUAAUCUUAUGGGUGUUUCUUGGUUAUUUGAGAUGAGUAAUAUUAGAGCUUGUUGUUGAGUAGAAGCAGUUCGUAAUUGAGAAAGCCUUUCUUCAAGAGCAUCUCAACUCUAAACUAAGAAAACGUGAUAUGGCCUGAGCCUUGAUUAUACCUCUAGGCUCGUUGCUAGGAAGCUCACUUGAUUGAGCUCUCGAGGGAGGGGGAAGGGGGAGAGUUCUAUAUAAAAAUGCUCGUCGAAAAAUUGGAAUCAAACCCUUAGGGGAAACUUUCCGUGAUUUUCGAGGAAACAACGGGGACCAUAAGUUGACAUACAAAGAACAUGAAUGUCAAACAUCGAAACUGUGGACAACACCAUAAUAAUUUAAUAAGUUUAUUCGUGAAAGUGAAAAAACAAAACAAAACAAAAUGAGACAAAAACAAUAAGUCAAUGUCUUAACAGACAGAGAAAAAUGGCUUCACCUUGCAGGAUUCGACCCUAUCUUUUUCGGCUUGCUACUAAUAUUGUUACUACCUUCUAGUUACCUCCUCUCUUGAUUUCAUGCACUGUAGAUAAAAACGGAAAGUCUAAAACACACAAUGCGAACUUAUUUUUUUGCAAUUAUUGGUCAAUAUGAUUUCAGACAUCAAUGAGUGUGAAGGAAGAACUCACAAUUGCAGUUCUAAUGCGGUUUGUAAUAACACCAAAGGAUCCUACAACUGCACAUGUAAACCAGGAUAUGAAGGAGACGGAGAUAAUUGCACAGGUAAUUUCUUUCGUAACUUCGUCAUUUUGCAUACUAUCGAAAGCAUUGCUGUUUUUAUUUUUCCAUGAUAAGAUGCUCUUUAUAGUAAUUCUUUGCUAGCUAGUAGACCAUAUUACCUCAAAAUUUCAAGCGGAAAGGUUAAUGCUUAGUACCUUGUAUUUUUAAUGUUUUGUCUCCUAACAUGGCCGGCAUCAGAAACUUUGCUUUUUUGUUUUUUCUCAUGCAUCUCUUUUACAACUUUCUACUUAGUGCUAGCCUCACUUUUUAGAAAACUGAGAAGAAUUCACUCUGCAAACUAAGCUUACCUCCAUUGUUCUAUAUGAUUUCAGACAUCAAUGAGUGUGGAGUAAGAACUCACAAUUGCAGUUCUAAUGCGGUUUGUCACAACAUCAACGGAUCCUACAACUGCACAUGUAAACUUGGGUACUUGGGAGACGGAUGGAACUGUACAGGUGAUUAAUACAAAAAUGCAUAAAGGAGGUUUUGGUUAAUGGGGGAAGUAUCUUGACAAAUUUGAGUUUUAUUCAUGAAAGCUUAAAGCAAAUUUGGAGGUAAUGACCACUUUGGAAAUGACGCAAUACGAUCUUAACGUUAUACUAACAAUUAUUGGUCAUAAGUGAAAAAAGAAUGAAAUUUGAGGUCACGAUUAUGGUAUCUUGGGAGAAAAAUUCAUACGAUUAGUGAAUAAAAUGGAGAGGUAUCCAAAAAUCCAUUGCGAGUCUAUAACAAACAAAUAAGACUACGCAAGGACAAUAAAAGGGUCUAACCUUUGCUUUUCUAAGAAAGAAUAUUUAACCUCUAGAAUAAGUAGAUUUUAAAUAAAUAUUUCAUCCAUCGAGCAUUCGUUUAUUUACAUGUAAUUUAAAACUUAUGUCAGAUAUCGAUGAGUGUCUAUUAGAUACAAACCACAAUUGCAGUUCUGAUGCAUUUUGUAAUAACACCCACGGAUCCUACAACUGCACAUGUAAACCAGGAUAUGAAGGGGACGGAAACAACUGCACAGGUGAUAUUUUUCGUAAUUUAGUCAUUUUGCGUGCCAUCGAAAGCAUUGCUGUUUUUAUUUUUCCGAAAUAAGAUGCUCUUUCUAUCAAUUUUUGCUAGACAGUAGACCUUAUUACCUCAAAAUGUUAAACGGGGAGUUUAUAAUGCUUGGCAUGCCUUGUAUUUUUGAUGUUUUCUCUCCUAAUAUGGGUGGCAUCAGAAACUUUGCUUUUUUGUUUUUUUCUCAUGUAUUUCUUCUUUCUUCUCAGUGCUAGACUCACUGUUUAGAAAUAUGAGAGGAGUUCACUUUGUAAACUAAGCAUAUCUCCAUGGUUCAAUAUGAUUUCAGACAUCAAUGAGUGUGAAGGAAUAACUCACAAUUGCAGUUCUAAUGCGGUUUGUAAUAACACCAAAGGAUCCUACAACUGCACAUGUAAACCUGGGUACUUGGGAGAUGGAUGGAACUGUACAGGUGAUGAACACACAAAUACAUAAAGGAGGUUUUGGUUAAUGGGGGAAGCAUCUUGUCAAAGUUUUACUAAUGAAAGCGUAAGCAAAGUUGGAAGUAAACUAGGCUUAGCUACAUAAUUCCUGAAAUAUGGCCUAAAAUUAUUUCCAGAAUUUCCCGAAAAAAAACUCUAAAAUUAUUUUUAGAAAUGUCUAAAAUUCUCCAAAACCUCUCUAAAAUUCCCGAAAAUUCUCAAAAAAAAUUCGUUUUUUUUAUGGCGAUAUAACAAGAAAGAAUGAGUUGUAAUCGUAAAACAUCGUUUGUUACCAAUGUUUAAAGGUUCCAAGAAACAUCAUUUCACACUAUUUUGUUUAUAUAUGUAUUUAUCUUCCCUUUCAAACAAAUGUCCUAUAAUGCUCUAGGAACUGCUGUAGCUUGUGAGAGCACUGAGCCCUCUCUUGGUCCGUAGAACAACAACAAAAAAACGUUUUGUCUUCAAAUUGCUCUAAAAUUCUCCAAUUUGCCAAUUUUUUCCCAAAAUUCCGGAGAUUUUCUAAAGUUCUUUUCGAUAUAAAAAUUCCGGAAUCAUGUAGCUUAAAGCCUAAAGCAAACCUACUUUGGAAAUGGCGCAGUAAGAUCUUUACGUUAUACUAACAAUUAUUUGCCAUAAGGAGAAAAAAAAAUGGAAUUUCAGGUCAUGAUUAUGGUAUCUUAGGAGACAAAGUCAGACGGUCACUGAAAAAUUAAAAUGGAGGGUUAUCCAAACUGAUCGAUCAUGUCGAUUGCAGUUCUGUAACAAAAAAAUGCGACGGUGCAGGAACAAUAAAAAUUGCGUUUGCCAAAAAGAAUACUUUAAUUACCUUCCAGGAUAAAUAGAUUUUAAUUUUUCAUCGAUUAGGCAUUCAGUAAUUUACAUGUAAUUUAAAACUUAUUUCAGAUAUGGAUGAGUGUGUGGCAGAUGCCCACAAUUGCAGUUCUGAUGCAUUUUGUAAUAACACCCACGGAUCCUUCAAUUACACAUGUAAACCUGGAUUUACAGGAGAUGGAGAAAACUGCACAGGUAGCAUUUUCAGUGGUUUGUCUGUUCUCGUAUGGCAGCAGAAACUUUAUUACUUCUCUUUCAUUCUCUCCCUCUGUUACAACUUGCUUCUUAUAGCAAUGCAACGACAGAGGUGGAUCCAGGGGAGGUGGAUUUGGAGGCUAGCCACCUCCCUUUUUUUAGCCGUCUUUGUUAGGACAGUUCAAUUGGCACUUUAUUCCCAUGUUAUGCGAGAUUUUGUGUACAGCCAAAGAGAGAACACGUUAAGGUUGUAAUGUAAUCAUUCUCUAUUUUGUGACGUUGUGAGAAUUUGCGGUGUUACAUGUUCCUAUUCAUCCUUCCUCAAUUGCAACGUUUUGAAGACGGCAUAGGACAAGUUACGGGUAUCACCCACUCCCUCUUAGCUCAUAAAAUCCUGGAUCCGCCCACCUGAACGAACGUCCAUUGACGGGUACGAGGAAUUACAUUCAGCGUAAUAUAUAGAUUUAGCCAGGGCUAAAAGCGAAGCUCUUACUAACUCGAAUGUAUAAUUUAAAUCAAACAAUUGUAAACUUGUAUUCCACAAAUCAGUUAACUUUAGAGCACAUUCAUGUGACUUUUGACGGAAAGGCUAAGUAAUUUUAGAGAAAAAUAAUUUGCAAACAGUCCAAGCUAAGAGUGAAAUUAAUCUUACAUCGACUUGAUAGCCUCACUUAUAUGUACACCUAAAUAAUAGCAUAGCCAUAAUGGUUCUUGAUCACAGUACAUUAGGAAAACAAAUCAGGCCGAAUUUUUUGCGUUCGAUAAGUUUACUUUACAAAAUCUUGCCAACAAGUCUGGGGACGUGUAAACCAACCUUUUAUAUUUUUUAGUACCAUGAGGCGCUGUUUUUAUCAUACAGACAGAAUGCACUAUUUCACAAUUUUGCAAUACAAAUUUGCACUCAUUCAAUAUUCAGGACGAUCGAGACACGCUUUAGCGAAACGGUUAAAAAAAUUUCCAAAAUCACCUAUACGGUGAGCCGGUUCUCUUAACAUACAUAACAUAAAACUUUAUUUAAACUCGAAUUUUAGAGUAGCUAACAAGCUAAUAUCUUCGAGCUGACACUAAAUAAAAACUAUAUAGAAAAUAUAUAUAUACAUUAAAUGCAAGGAAAGAAAAUAUCAUUUACAAUUCACAAUUUUAAGUUUAAGUAUGUCAGGCAAAAAGAAUCUACAUGAAGGUAACAUCCUGUAUUUUAGUCUUAAAGUCUGCAAAAAAAAAACUGGUACGAAAAAAAGUCCGGCAGUGCAUUCCACUGCUUAGCUGAAAAGUAAGAAAAGGAGUUAAGACCAUAGGUAGUUGUUUUAAGUUUACUUAGUGAAAGAAUGUAGUUGCCACGAAGAUCAUAGGAAGAGAACCGGAGUGAAAACAUAUUCUUCAUAUAAGUAGGAAAAUGAGUGAAAAACAAACUCUUAUAUAACAGAAUGAGGAAAUUUUGAAUGCGUUUGUUAAACAAAGAAGUAGAGCUGACUUUUGAGAGAAGAGUGUUGUAUGGAGACGAGUAAUCUCCAAGUAUAAAUCUAAGUAUUCUUUUAUUUAAAGCUUCGAGCUUAUCCGCAUCGCGCGCUCCACAAAAGUGCCAGACAGAGGAGCAAUAAUAAAAGUGAGGUAAAAUAUACGCUUUGUAAAGUUUGAAUAAGAUUUCCUUGCGUAUGAGUUUUCUAAAGCGCAACAUAACAUUAAAUUGAUUAUUAAUCUUUUUGCAUACAUUUGAUAUAUGUUUAGAAAAAUUCAGAUUAUUAUCUAUUUCCAUUCCAAAAAUCUCUAACGUGUCCUUUACUGGGAAGGAAAGGUUCUCACUUUUGACAAGCGCUAAAGUCGACUGUUUAAAUUAAGAUUAACACAGUUAUACGCUUCAACAUAAUGGCUUUAUAACGAUGUGUAAUCUUCAAAAGCGUUUGAUAUGCUCGACAUUUUGACUACUCCUGCAAGCUGUGUUCAUGAACGACUGAAAACAAACGGCACAACAGCGAUGAAAAUUCCAAAGAGACUACUAACAAUCAAUAAAAGGAAAAUAAUUCGGUGAAACAUAUACAAAUCGAGACAACAAUUUUCAUUCACGAAGACAAGUAUUAAAGUGUCUCUGAAAAUCCUUGUUUAUGUUUUACUGCGCUUUUCACAAACAUUCGAACUCUAAAGUUCAAAAGCCGCCUUCACAUGUACAAUUGCGUUUUUCGCUGCCGUCAAUCAUAAUUAAGUUCACAAGCAACGAACCUGGAAACACAGAAAAAAACAAAACGGAUCGAAAUCCACCAAUCACAAAUCACAAACCUUGACCUUUUGAACCCGUUAAAGUAAAGUUUUGUUUCCUAAGAGGUCCGCUAAGAUGAUUGACGGCAGCGAAAAACGCAAUCGUCAGUUGGCUUUUGAACUUCAGAAUUCGCAUGUUUGUGAAAAGCACAGGAAGCCGGCUUCCCGGUGUUUGCGUUUUACAAAGAUGAACUCGAGGCAAGAAAAUCGCUCAAAGCUCUCUUUUACAGCCAAAAUUAUAACUAAAUAUUCUUUGGAACGUUUUCUUUCUAUUUGCCGUGAGAAAAUUUCUGAAGGCUUGUUAAAGUUCUAUAAGCUUAUAAUCAAACCUGACACUCGAUCAGAUCAUUGUCUCAAAUCUUACAAACGUGCAUAAACUAAAUAGCCCCAUAAACUACACUCGACGUCAUUGAAUUAGAUAUAAAAAACAAACAUCAAAUAAAGUAAUUACUCAAGCUUACCAUUCGAGAUGCACUGAAAACUAUCAAGUAAGGCCAAAAUCGCUUCAGACUUUUCAACCCUCUUACGCAUAAAGCAAGGUGAAAAACGAAAACGAUGCCAUCCGAAAUCGGAUUUCCGACUUUGACAAGCGACGUAUUUCUCAACCAAAAACUCGAUAAACAAACUAGCCAUGAAUAACAGAAAACUCUUGAUAGCAGCUGAAUUUCAUUUUGUACAAUGUUCAGUGGAAAAAGACAAUUAAAAACAUCACAAGUUGACACGAAACUCUGUCAGCUUCAGCUGUCAAAGUAAACAAGUUUCAAGAUGCUACAUAAUUUUUCCGCAUGAACUCACCUGUUAAAUUUUGACCAUUCAGGGCAUAAAACUUGGACGUAGAGCGUGACCAACGCGUGACCUUGGUGAGAAAAGUCAAAAGCAACUGGCAUGUCUUCCCUGCCUGUAAAAACUGGCUGAAUCUUAGCUUCCGAGGUCAGUUUGUGCGGCACAUAUAAAACACAACAUAUUUCAUAUGAAUUGAAAAAAUUAAACUUGAGCCUGCAAUAAUUUGACAACUAGUAACUUGUCAGCGGAAAACUUCAAAAAAAUAUUCGACCUCGAUGGGUCGACAGCUGAGCCCGCGAUACAGUCAGGUGAUACUGCUCUGCGGGACCUUGUUUUGACAGCUGCCAAUUGAUUACAACAUUGAUGGGCAAUAUGUGUGCUAUAUCAGUCUUCCUGUGCUCCCAAAGUAUCUAGAAAGUGUGGGAUUGAACAUUGGUUUCCAUGUGGUGCGGACGGACGGGCAGCGGGCGGGCGGGCGGGCGGUGUACGGUCACGUGAUUACCAAAUUUUCUGGGAUGGGUAGAUUUACUUACCCACGGUGCUCCGCAGGCGCGCUUCGCGCGCCAGAGCUCCGCUACUAAGCUAACUAUUUUUGGUGUUCAAUGAUGUAAUAUUACAGACAUCGACGAGUGUGAAGCAGACACUUACGUGUGCAGUUCUGAUGCCAUUUGUAACAACACCCACGGAUCCUUCAAUUGCACAUGUAAACCUGGAUAUAAAAGAGAUGGAAAAAACUGUACAGGUAAUUUUCAUUUUAGUAUCUGGUCUGCUCGCAUGUCAUCAAACGCCUUGUGUUUGUUUCAGUGUUUGUUUGUUUGCUUUAUUCUCUUUUAUUUCCUUAACAACUUACUUCGUCUGUAUCUAUGAAAGAACGUCUGUGGCAACUUAGUUUAUUGUCGUUGAUGUUCAAUAUGAUUUCAGACAUCGACGAGUGUGAAGCAGAAACCACCAAAUGCAGUUCUAAUGCGGUUUGUCACAACACCAAGGGAUCCUACAACUGCGCAUGUAAACCAGGAUAUGAAGGGGACGGAAAUAAUUGCACAGGUAAUUUCUUUCGUGAAUUCGUCUUUUUUGCAGAUCAUCGAAAGCAUUGCGGUUUUUAUUUUUCUAUGGUGUUCUUUAAAGCAAUUUUUUGCCAGAGUAGACAAUAUUACCUCAAAAUUCAAAAAGCUUAAAGUUCAUAACGCUUUUAGCGCAUUGUAUUUUAGUUUUUUGUCUCCUGACAUCAAAGACCGGUAUGAGAAAGUUUUCUUUUUGUAUGUAUUUCUUUCAUCCUUCCACAAUGGCGACGUUUUGGGGACCCCAUAGGACAAGUUACGGGUAUCACCCACACCCUCUUAGCUCAUAAAGUCCUGGAUCAUCCAACUGAACAAACGCCCAGUGACGGGUACGAAGAAUCACAUUCAGAGUACUCAGCUAACUAUUUUUGGUGUUCAAUGAUGUAAUAUGACAGACAUCGACGAGUGUGAAGCAGACACUUACGUGUGCGGCUCCGAUGCCAUUUGUAACAACACCCACGGAUCCUUCAAUUGCACAUGUAAACCUGGAUAUAAAAGAGAUGGAAAAAACUGCACAGGUAAUAUUCAUUCAUUUAGUGUCUGGUCUGCUCGCAUGUCAUCAAACGCUUUGUGUUUGCUUCAGUGUUUGUUUGUUUCUGUGCUUUAUUCUCUUUUGGCUUCCUUAACAACUUACUUCGUCUGUAGCUAUAAAAUAACCGUCAGUGGGUUUACCGUUUUCUAGACAGCUGAUAGGAAUCCAACGUGCCAACUUAGGGCGCUUUAAUUUUGUCAGAACUGGCCGGCCGGAACAGUCAGUUAGCAAAUGAAAUCGGCUUUUUCCAAAGGGUUUUUGCUGAAAAACUAUCUCCUUCGUGCAUAUUCUUUAGGAUCUGACUGAUCUGGCCGGAUAGUUUUGAUUAAAAGUGAAAUUCUCAUUAAGACGGGAAUGGUCUGGCCGGUCAGUUCUGACAAAUGGAAACGGCCCUUAGUUUAUUGUCAUCGAUGUUCAAUAUGAUUUCAGACAUCGACGAGUGUGAAGGAGAAACCCACAACUGCAGUUCUAAUGCGGUUUGUCACAACACCAAAGGAUACUACAACUGCACAUGUAAACCAGGAUAUGAAGGAGACGGAAAUAAUUGCAAAGGUAAGCUACUUUUGUAAUUUGGUCAGUUUUUACAUGCCAUCGAAAGCAUUGCUGUUUUUAUUGUUUCUAUCGUUUCCAUGACAAUAUGUUUUCUAUAGAAACCGUUUGUUAGAUACAAUCGAGCCUCUCCACAAUGGCCACCUUGGAGACAGAAGAAAGUGGCCGUUGUGGAGUGCGGACUUUUAGUAGAGGUUUGACUGUAUUAUCUCAAAAUUAGGUAAGAAAGUGUUUAACGCCUUUUUCACGUCGUAUACAGUGCGUGUGUAGCUUCCUAAUUAGUGCACUGGCCGGCAUCAGAAACUUUCUCUCUUUGUUUUUUUUUUUUUUUGCGUCUCUUUUUUCUCAAGUAUUUCUCUUGCAUCUUCCUCCUCAGUGCAAGAUUACACUCUGUAUAGAAAGCUGAGAGGAAUCCACAUAACAGAAUUUAUUUUUGCUGUUGAUCUAUAUGAUUUCAGACAUCGAUGAGUGUAAAGCAGAAACCCACAAUUGCGAUUUUAACGCGUUUUGUAAUAACACCGAGAGCUCAUACAACUGCACGUGUGAACCUGGGUACCUGGGAGACGGAUGGAACUGUAAAGGUAACUGA